GGGCUGGAGACGUGCUUAGCAUUGGCAUGAGAACACGUGUCUCCUCCCUGCCACCCCCCUCCGGGCUCCACGGUACCGCAUUGGCAUCAGUGAAGGCACCUGAACAUCGACGAGCAACUCCUGGAAAAGCUGUCUGCCACCUUACAACCCAUAAGAAAGCGAUAAUAACGGUCCUGCAGGAACCUGUGGCUCGUCUUUUGUAGUGCGUAAAGCUUUUGCGCAUGCUGUUUAACUGCCUCAGAGUGUGAAUAGGUGCGCUACUCGUCGAGCAUCAGUGCGCGCAGUGCCAAGAUGCAGAGACGGAGCUGCGACGUCUGAAGGUGACAUGAACCUGGGGAUAAUCAAGAGCACCAGUCGCGCUGUGAGCAAGGAGUGGAGAUAGCAACUGAAAACCAUCGGUGUCUUGAAACCAAACUUGCGCUUUUCCUUCGUGGCAUUAUCUCAUGCUGAGAAUAAAGAGCUGCAAUCCAAAGUAGCCUCAGUUUUUCUAACUGACUGGAGGAGAAAAAACACCAAUUAAACAGCAGAAAGUUUAAAGCCGACAAGAAAGCGAAAAUGGCGACGUUAAUUAGAGGCAAGCUCUCUAAUAAACUGACCAAUGCAGCCACGGCUGUGUCCAACAAAUCCCAGGCAAAGGUGAGCGGGAUGUUCGCCAGGAUGGGGUUCCAGGCCGCCACCGACGAGGAGGCUCUGGGCUUCGCCUCCUGUGAUGACCUGGAUUACGAUCAUCGGCAAGGCAUGCAAAUGGACAUCUUGACAUCGGAUGAGGUUGGAGGAGAAGGGAGCGGAGAAGGAGGCGACCUGGACGGGGACAGCCAUUACCAGAGGGACGGCACCGGUCCACCACACUCUGCCUCAAAGGACGGAGGUCCGACCAACGAGUUGACUGAAGUCAGACCAAAAAUCACCGCAUGGGAGGCGGGCUGGAACGUCACGAACGCGAUCCAGGGGAUGUUUGUUCUCGGGUUGCCCUAUGCCAUCCUGCACGGAGGAUACCUCGGACUCUUUCUCAUUAUUUUCGCCGCCGUAGUGUGCUGUUACACGGGGAAAAUCCUCAUUGCCUGCCUGUACGAGGAGGACGAAGAUGGGCAGCUCGUGCGUGUAAGAGACUCCUAUGUGGACAUUGCCAACGCAUGUUGCGCGCCCAGAUUCCCGUCCUUAGGUGGCCAUGUCGUGAAUGUAGCCCAAAUCAUAGAGCUAGUGAUGACUUGCAUCCUGUAUGUGGUGGUCAGUGGUAAUCUCAUGUACAACAGUUUCCCAAACAUGCCGAUUUCCCAGAAGUCUUGGGCCAUCAUCGCCACCGCCGCUCUCCUCCCCUGCGCCUUCCUCAAGAACCUGAAAGCCGUCUCCAAGUUCAGCUUGCUAUGCACGCUGGCCCACUUUGUCAUCAACGUCCUGGUGAUAGCCUACUGCCUCUCACGGGCGAGGGACUGGGCCUGGGACAAGGUCAAGUUUUACAUCGACGUCAAGAAGUUCCCCAUCUCCAUUGGGAUUAUCGUGUUCAGCUACACCUCGCAGAUCUUCCUGCCGUCUCUGGAGGGGAACAUGCAGAAACCGAGCGAGUUCCACUGCAUGAUGAAAUGGACUCACAUCGCUGCCUGCAUCCUCAAGGGCCUGUUCGCCUUGGUGGCCUACUUGACCUGGGCUGACGAAACUAAGGAGGUCAUCACAGACAACCUGCCCCCAGGCAUCCGAGCUGUCGUCAAUAUCUUCCUCGUGGCCAAAGCUUUGCUGUCGUAUCCGCUACCAUUUUUCGCUGCAGUAGAGGUGUUAGAGAAAACCUUUUUCCAGGACGGGGGACGUGCGUACUUCCCAGAUUGCUACGGAGGCGAUGGACGCUUAAAGUCCUGGGGACUGACUCUCCGAUGUAGCCUUGUUGUGUUCACUUUGCUCAUGGCAAUCUAUGUGCCACAUUUCGCCCUCCUCAUGGGUCUCACUGGCAGCCUGACAGGCGCAGGUCUCUGCUUUCUGCUUCCCAGUAUCUUCCACCUCAAGCUUUUAUGGAGAAAGCUGCUAUGGCACCAGGUUUUCUUUGAUGUCUCCAUCUUUGUAAUAGGAGGUAUAUGCAGCAUAUCUGGUUUCAUCCAUUCAAUGGAGGGGCUCAUAGAGGCUUUUAAAUACAACAUAGAAGAAUAGGCGCAAGUCAUCGCUGGAACUAGAUGUUAACUGCGAAUCCCCAUUUAGUGAAAACAUAAAGACACACGACUCCGCGCUGCCCUUCUGCUUGAUUCACGCGUUAAAAAGCGCGCACAUUGCACACGCGGACAUUUUUUCGCACUCAUGCACUACUUGUGUCAAUUCACACAC